AAAUUAGCAUCAUAGAUGUCGCAAAUCUAUAUAGUGCGAAAUAUAUCCUACUAAUGAUAACAGUUACUAGAUACAAAUAUGCUUCUCUUUACUGUAAGAUACUGAACAAGCAAUGACUGACUGAAUCAGCGUAACGAAUGACCAUACACAUCUAGCAUUUCGGGUAGAUCAGAUGGGAAAAGUGUAACAAUUUAGUUCCAAUUUUCUGUAGCUAUUACGUGAAAAAAUAAUUGCCACUUUUUGAAUCCUGUUUUGUUAAAAUGGCAUUGAGUACAUCCAAUGGGAAGAAUAAUCUGGCCAAAAAUGAAAUCUGGAAGAAUUAUUUUAACCCUGAAAUCGUUCGGAUUUUGUGCACAAUUCAAAUUGGUUUGAUGAUCGUUACAUCCGGAAUUGUGAUACUUUUAAUGACAACGGCGUCCGCACUGAAACGGCCAUGGUACAUCGUAGAGACAUUUGGAUUGGCAUUCACAAUUCUACCCGCAGUUUCGGUAGCACCAACGUUUAUUACUGUUGUCAAAAAGUCCUUCAUGACACUCCACAUCACCAUGCUAACUCAAGCCGUCGCAUUCGGCUUGUCAUUAGCACUUGGCAUAAUUGCCUCCAUUAAAGCUGUCCACCUAAAGGAUUAUGUUCUUCCGCAUUACCAACGGAUGGCCUGCUUUGAUAGCAAUGGAACCCUGAUUAACCACUCGGAUACAUAUUUCUACUACGAAAGCGAGAAAUUGGAUUGUGAUGUCCGGGAAACCAUCCUCGAGGCAUCCAGGGGCAGCAUAAUGUUCCACAAUAUUUUGGGUGGCAUUUCCAUGAUUUCUGUACUUGUUGCGACAGUCAUAUUUGGAAUGACGUUAUCAACUGUGUGGAAUUUACGUUUUCAAUUGGAUACUUUCCGCCUAAAAUCUCGCAAGAAUUAUUCGGUUGGUAAGGCUCAGCUAAUAGGAUGGUCGUCAUUUGUGACUUCGCUGCUAAUUUGUGGGGCACAGAUGUCAAUGUUUUCCCUUCCUCAACUUCCAUGGAGCGUGCUGCAACUAUAUUCUUUUUCAAGUUACGCUGUCACCAUGAACUGGUUCCUAGUGACGGAAGCUACUUAUCUGAGGAACGUUUUUAUGAUGCUCUUUCACGAAGGAUGUGUCGCAGGUGUAAUAACGAUCAUAGCUGUUUUCGCGGAAAAUUAUGGAUCUGAGGGUUUCAUAUUACCGAUCGGAAUAAUUCAAAUUUUUCAAUAUGCAGCAUUGGCGGGGAUGUCCUUAAUAGCUAUUGUUAAGGCUGAUAAUUCGAAUGCGGAAUCACCAAAGGAAGCCAAGAAAGCCGGUGCUCAAACCCUGAUUUAGAAAAUAUUAGUAGGUAUUAUAUGUUCCCAUUGUGGCCUGAUACGUCCUCAAAAAGUGUGAGAUCAGAAAAUAUGCACGCCUGAAAACUCAAUUAAGAAAUGAUACAUUUUUCUGUAAUGCACAAAAAAUGGCUUGUAUAAAACACGUACAAAACACUUGAAUAAAACACAAUCAUUCAAAAUAUUUCAUUA